UUGCGAACACAGAGAAAGAGAAAGAGAUAAGGGUCUGUAGAGAGACAAAGACAGAGCGCAAGUUGGGCAGGGGUACAUAGGAAAAAGGCUUUCAUUCAAGUACAUAAAAGCUCGAACAUCGAGAACUUCGAUUCUGUGGAGCUUAUAGCAUAUUUUCCUCAUUUAAUCUUAUUCACAAUUGAUUUUUCUGAAUUCUAAUCGGUUAACUAGUCGCCGUGAACAAGAAUGUCGAGCUCCUCGGAUAUUGCAGACUCUGGAAGGUUUACCGGGCAGAGAGCGCCGGCGAGGGGACCGGAGAAGUCGAGUUUCUCUCAGACGUGCAGUCUGUUGAGCCAAUACAUAAAAGAGAAGGGCAAGUUUGGAGAUCUGAGUCUCGGGAUGACAUGCAGUCUGGAAGGAAACGGCACACCCGAAUCGCUCCGCCAGACAGCGACAACAACGACGAUGAAUUUAUUUCCAAUGACGGAAAGAUCUGCUGGGGUUUCCGGCAUUCCCGCCCGAAAUAUGAAUCUUAAGUCCAUGAAUUUGUUCCCUCAACAAGCCGGUUUUGGUUCCUCUGUUUCUAAGGAUGAUGCCCCAAAGAUAGUUAAUUCCAGUGUAAAGAAGUCCGGAAACGUGGAGCCCCAAACAGCUCAAAUGACUAUUUUCUACGGUGGCCAAGUGAUCGUGUUCAAUGAUUUUCCGGCGGACAAGGCAAAGGAAGUCAUGCGCUUAGCUGGCAUGGGAAGCUCCCCAGUCCCAUCUACAACAGUCAAAAAUCCAAUUGAUGCCGGCGGCAUGGCUCCCUCCACCCCCAACGUUGUUCCUAAUUUCGCAAACAGCUUGAUCCAAGAGCGCAUCCAAAGACCGGCUCAACCAGUUGCUUGUGAACUACCAAUUGCAAGGAAAGCUUCCCUCCACAGGUUCUUGGAGAAGAGAAAAGAUAGGAUCACAGCAAGAGCACCAUACAAUAUAAGCAACUCUCCUGCAGGCCCUCACAAACCUGCUGAAAGCAAGUCAUGGCUGGGCUUGGCUGCCAAAUCUCCAAAGUAGUUUCAGCCCCAGUUAUAAUCACUUAAAUUUUGUUUCUUUUGGCUUAUUUAUAAAUUAUGUAGCUAUUUAUGUUCCUAGUGUUUUUUUCAACUCCCUCUGUUAGGGUUUUUUGGGCUUCAUUCAGCCUCUUGUAGACCUACCUUAGAUCUAAGUUCUAACACCCUAUCAAUCUUACUAUUAGCUUCUGUAAUUAACCUUAAUGAGGAUAUGUCUCAUUAUUGAUACUUUUGAAUGAAUCAAGCAUUCCACUGUUGAUUUUUUUGGGCA